AUGUCUGCUUGUCCCUUUCUUAGUUUUCAAAUCUUUAUAUCUAUAGUCUAUUCAGAUUUGUCAACAUCAGACCGUUCAUCUAUCUAUCUAUCUAUCUAUCUCGGUUUAUUCAUAUCUAUCUAUCUAUCUAUCUAUCUAUCUAUCUAUCUAUCUAUCUAUCUCGGUUUAUUCAUAUCUAUCUAUCUAUCUAUCUAUCUAUCUAUCUAUCUAUCUAUCUAUCUAUCUAUCUAUCUCAGUUUAUUCUUAUCUAUCUAUCUAUGUAUCUAUCUCAGUUUAUUCUUAUCUAUCUAUCUAUCUAUCUAUCUAUCUAUCUAUCUAUCUAUCUAUCUAUCUUUAUUCUUUAUCUAUCUAUCUAUCUAUCUAUCUAUCUAUCUAUCUAUCACAGUCUCUACUCUGUUCAUUAUCUAUCUAUCUAUCUAUCUAUCUAUCUAUCUAUCUAUCUAUCUUAGUUUAUUUCUAUCUAUCUAUCUAUCUAUCUAUCUAUCUAUCUAUCUAUCUAUCUAUCUAUCUAUUUUUAAUUCUUAUUCUAAGCUUUGCUUUAGAGCCUGCCUUUCUUUCUUUCUUUCUUUCUUUCUUUCUUUCGUUCUUUCUUUCGUUCUUUCUUUCUAUUUCCUACACUCUUUCCAUGACAGCAUUUCUUUCUUUCUUUCUUUCUUUCUUUCUUUCUUUCUUUCUAUUUCCUACACUCUUUCCAUGACAGCAUUUCUUUCUUUCUUUCUUUCUUUCUUUCUUUCUUUCUUUCUUUUCCUACAUUUUAUUCGUUUCCUUUUAUUUCUUAAACUAUUCCGGUUUUAUUUUUUUGUUUCUUUAAAUGAGUUUUCUUUCUCUAAUUCAUUCUUUCUUUCUUUCUUUCUUUCUUUCUUUCUUUCUUUCUUUCUUACUUACUUGCCUUCUUUCUUUCUUAAAAUAUUACUACUUCUUUCUCGCUUUAUUUCUUUAUUUCUUUCCUUUUUUCUUUCUUUCUUUCUUUCUUUCUUAAAUUAUUACUUCUUACAUUCUUUCUUUCUUUCUUUCUUAAAUUAUUACUACAUCUUUCUUUCCUUUCUUCUUACUUCCUUUCUUCUUACUUCCUUUCCUUCUUUCUUUCUUUCUUUCUUAAAUUAUUACUACUUCUUUCUCGCUUUCUUUCUUUCUUAA